GCUGAUGACACCCACAUUACUUAUGCUGGUUCUGAUUUACAUUUGAUCCAGUGUAAUCUAUCUCACGACCUUGAAAAGCUGAGCAAAUGGCUAGUGUCUAACAAACUUACCUUGAACGCUACAAAAACUGAUUUUAUGCUGAUCGGCUUCAAGCAAAGAUUAAGUACUCUAUCUGAUACACUCGAACUUUCCAUUGAUAAUGUUCCGAUUGAACAAUUUACCUCUGUGAAAUUUCUUGGAAUACAUAUCGAUGAAGAUUUAACGUGGCAUUCUCACAUUGAUAAACUGUGUAGAAAGAUCGCUUCCGCUGUUGGAGCCAUAAAGCGAGUUAAGCCAUUUGUGCCUCAAUCCACCCUACUCGAUAUUUACAACUCACUAGUUCAACCUCACUUUGAUUACUGCAGCCUUGUCUGGGGUAACUGUGGCAAAACAUUAUCUAAGAAGCUACAAAAACUACAGAACCGUGCUGCACGUGCCAUAACUUCAUCAAACUAUGACGUGGAAGCCGAUUCCUUAUUUCACAAACUCAGCUGGAAAGACUUAAAAUCUCAACGUCAAAUUCAGAAUGUCUUAAUGGUUUUCAAGUCUUUAAACGGUCUUGUUACAGAAUAUCUCACGUGUAAAUUUAUAAAGCGAAAUGAAUCAAGCUAUUCGCUAAGGGACUCGGUAAACUAACUUGUUGUCCCCUUUCCAAGAACUAACUACAUGAAAAAUAGUUUUAGUUACAGCGG